AGACCCUAUAUUCGCGGGGUUAUAAAGUUUCCGUUUCAAAUAAAAAGAGCCCUUAAAGGGAGGUAAGUGGGGAGCAUGAAAAAAGGUUAUAUAUCUCAAUAAUCAUCCAAACAAACCAAUCCAUGUGCUUCCCUUCAAACAUUCUUCUUGUCAUUUUCCUCCCAACCAUUUUCUACUUUGGCCAACUUUUUUUCCUUUGCUCUUAAACUCUUAAAAAUAAAUAAAAAAAUAUGCAAAUUUCCACUCACACAUUAUACAUUCUCUUUUUACAAUCCUUAGAUUGUCCCUUUUGCCUUCUUCCUCUUGUUCUCUUCCCACUUUACUCCUGAUUCUCUUCCUUUCGGAAUUUCAUCGAACUACUCAACAACCCUAUAUACUUUUAUUGUUUUUAAUAAUAUUCUCAUGCAGAUUAAAUAACAAGAAAUAAUAUAGACCUUUUUCCUCCAUAUAUAAAUAGGAUCAACACACGUAACAUGGCCCCAAACCCUAGCAAGACUCUCUCCACGACUGAUCAUAUCAUUACGUCAUGAGUUCAAUAGCAAGAGACCGAAAGGAACAAAUGGUGAUCCAGUCUUCGAUUGUCUUGCUUCAAGAAAGAUUCAGACAACUUCAGAGAGCAAGAGAGUUAAGAGCUGAACGAGAGCUCCUAAACCCUAAACCUAACCACCAAGACAACAUCUUGCAAUAUUACAGCGAACCCACAAGUUUCGGUUUCUUUCAGUUUCUACCUACAAACUCUCAAACAUCUUCGUCACAGCAGCUCCUCUCCCUCUCCUUAUGCCCACACCCCACCUCUGAAUCCAUUGAAAAGCCAAGCUUUUGUCAUCAGUGGCCAAAUAAAGACGACAAGAAGAUGGGUGGGAUUGAUCGAUACGACGACGUUGAUACGUCUCUGCAUCUCUAAACUAAAAUAAUUGUUCCUCCAUCUUUUUGAAGUUCUAAAAAUAUGUAUGUAUAUAGAGUUUGUUUUCGUUGGUAUGCUCUUUUAAAGAGUCUUGUAGGUGGUGGUGAUAUGUAUGGUUAAAACGGCAAUCAUAUAUAUAUUAAUUAUUUCGAAGUUAAUGAGUAUGAUAUAUUUUAUAUU